UAAUAACUGAGGAACUUUCAAUGCUUUAAUUCACAUAGACAUUUGAGCAGCAGGAGAAUAGAAUACCCCUAAUGCAGUAAUGAUGGGGUUACUUUGUGUUGUGUCAAUAAUAGUCUGUCAUGGGAUGUGCUGUAACAAAAAGUGCUGUUUCUGUCAGUAAACCAAAAGAUGGAGUUAGAGUGAAUGAUUCUCCAGUUCCUCCUUUUGCUGAUCCUCGUCUCCCCCUCACAACUAAACAACGGUUCAAUAUCCUCACUUCCUGGAAAGGAAUAGCUCGAGCCAUGGAAUCCACUGGUGUAAGCAUGUUCAUCAAUCUGUUUCAGGAAAAUGUUGACCUUCUGAACCUGUUCAGUAAGUUCCAGUCUCUGAGCACCCAAGAAUCACAGAAAGACAGCAUGGAGCUUGCUUUUCAUGCGUCUGUCGUUAUGGCAACCUUGGACGAAGGAUUGCGUGCUUUGGAUCGAGUUGACUACUUUUUGGAUUAUUUAGGAUCUGUAGGACGGUUUCACAGGAAGAUAAAUGGUUUCAAGAAGGAGUACUUCUGGAAGAUCGAACAACCUUUCCUGGUUGCUGUCCAGGAGACUCUAGGAGAUCGAUACACUUCCAACAUGGAGAACAUCUACAAGAUAACCAUCCACUUCAUCUUGGAAAGUAUUGUUAAAGGUUAUAACCUUUCUGAAGAACCCAGAAGUGAUUCUAAUGUAACUGAAAAUUAUUCGUAAAUUUUACACGUGUGUUAAUUUAUUAAAAGCAUUACAGCCUUAAUGUCAUUCCAUCGGGAGCAUAUAAUUGUAUUUGUUUCAUACAUCUUAGGCUUACGUAACAAAGUAGAACAUACUUUUGGGCAAAGAGCAUUAAGUUAUCAAGAAUUUUAUAUAAAUUUUGUCCCUAGAUUAGCAGUUACUUCACCUUGUUUGUUAGCUGUUGUUCAUGGGUCAUUUCACUUCACAAAGGAGCAGAAGAUAAAACAUAAGUAUUGGCUGUAGCUUAACCGUUAAUCAUAGUGAAAAUAAAUUACUAAACGGUAUUUAAUACUAAUAGCAUGUACAGUAACCAGACUGUCAUAUCAAUAACAUAUCUUGAAAUGUCGUUAAGUUUAGCCUAUAUCGAAUGUCAGUUCCUUCAUUGUAAAAAGGGUCUCUCGAUAGGACGUUUUUAAACGUUAAGGGUAAAUAAAAUAUGUUAUG